AUGACCCUCAGAGAACAUGAGAAACUAAAAUUACCAGAGAGAAAUCCGAGAACUCCCUAUAGCAGUUUAAAGGCGGGCCGCUCGCCCCAAGCCGUUCGUCCUCCUUCGACCGUCUCUUCCGAAAGCAGCCAUUCUGCUCAAGAAGGGCAUACUCAUCAAGGAAGCCCUCCGCCCAUCGUUACAAAGCGCACGCAUUGCAUCAUCACACCUCCCAACAGUUUAUCCCCCUCCUCGUCUCCCGUCUUGUCAACAGUCUCUACUGAACUUAGCCCGCGCCUCGACGCUGCUGGUUUCUACGCUAAGCUUCGCGCAGCCAUCGGCCUACCUACCUUGCCCAAGUGUGACAUUGAGAUAUUCCUUCGAUCUCUUGAUGGCUUUGAUGACAAAGUUGACGUAUCGCGCAUCCUCACUCCACAGCAACAGCACGCCGUCGAGGUAGCAUUCGGCUUCCCGACGUGCCCCCUCGUCCUCUCACACGACUCGCGUGAGCAGGCAGUUGCCGUGGCCCAGAAGCGACUUCACGAGUACCUCGUAGACAUGUUCCGCGCCGCUCUGGAAUGUGUGGCCUAUUACCCUGGCCCAAGCGACGACGGCUACGAGGAGCACAGGCACGAUGAGGCCUACGUGGAGGAACGCAUGUGCGACUUCUUCGCUAUGAUCGGGUCAAACAUAAACUCGAGACAUCGCGAGGAUCCUGCGUGGGUGGUAGGGUACGGUCUCAGUGCCCUUGGCGGCGAUGUCAAGAGGGCGCUGUUCGAGGGGAUUCUUCACAGUUUUCGAACGACAGAAAACCACGAAGCCGUCUGGACGGAGUUGGCGGUUGCAGUGGGCAAAUGGGAGGAAGCAUGGUGGAUCAAGAUGAAAUGGUUCUAA